GGACCACCAAAAGUAACGACAACCAAGAUAGGCAUAGUGAUUCGAUCCUUUGAGAACCCUAUUUUGAAGAACCACUAUUUGUUGGGGCUUACCCCUAACACACUACAGAUUGGAUUGCCUGAUUCACGAGUCUUAUAUACAUUGUUACGAUCACCUUUUAUUGAUAAAAAGUCCAGAGAACAAUUUGAAAUGAGAAUAAAGAAACAAUAUCUGGUCAUAAAAACAGAAAGGCAUGAUUCAUUGCGCAAGAAGUUCUUUCGGUUAAAACGCCGUCGUAUAUUUGGAGCUCAAUAUUCAAUCCGUCUUUCUUGCAAGACCCGUUUAGAUAAGGGAAAACUCAAGAGAUUGCUUCGAAAGCUAUCGAAAAUACCUUGAAUACACUAACCGAAUCAUAUCAUAAACCAGAACCACAUUGGAUAUUGUGUCUUGGGUUCUUUUGGGAUAAUGGAUAACAAAUGUAUUUUCUUACGCGCUAUAUCCCCUGCAGUUUGUUGUGGCUUUCUCAUUCUUGUACAACACCCAACCUCUGGAGUUGAUUCAUUCUGUCAUCAUUGUACCACUAAAUGUUCAGGACGAGGGCAAGUCCCCAUUUGGAAGAUGCUACUCCGGUGACUUUGGUCCGCAACCGACAUCAACUAUUUCGUUUCGUUCGUAUAGAAGUCUGAGUGGAUCAGUAGCUUCUGCAUAAGCAGUGAAUUAUAAGACUGCGUGGAAGCUGGUCCGGGUUUCUGCAAUAGGGAGCAGAGCAAGUAGGUCUUCGGCACGCCACACUUGAAGAGCUUUCCCGCUCGCUUUCUGACGACACUGUCCUUUACCUGAGCACUGUUACACUGUAGUGAAUGUACAGGCAUUCAAAUAGUUUCUACGAAGUCGUAUAUUUAGGUAGGACUUAUGAGAACUUACAACCACUAGGCAACCAAAGUCAUUAUCUCAAAUCUCUAAAGUGAAUUGAGUUAAGGGAGGACCUUGGGGUGUCGUGGAAUAAUUUGGUUCGAUUCCCGUUAUACGUGAUGUGGCAAAAAACACUUAUGGAAGGGGAAAUUUCAUGCCUGCAUUAAGAUUUCAAGCGUGUCGUCUACUUCUAGGAAAUGUUCGGAACAGAGAACUUUCUCUAAUACAACGCAGCAUUCUCCGAAGAUUGAGGAACAAGAGGAGAUCAAUCCAAAUCAAUCUUUCUAGGAGAGAAAAUCGAAACUGUUACAUUAAAUCACAAACAACACGAAAGUUGUCCCUUUAUUAUGGAGAUUUACCUACAAGGGGGCUUCUUCGGAGAGGAAGAGAACGAACUUCAUAUAUCCCUUUUCUACUCAAUCAAGAAACAAGAUCGGACGUGAUUCUGGUUCGUCUCCAUUUUAGUAAAACCAUUCCUCAAGCAAGGCAGCCGAUAAGUCAUCGAAAGGUUAGUUUGAAUAAUGGACAGGUCAGCAUAACAAGUUCUCAAGUUUCCCACGGUGAUCUAAUAUCUUUUCCAGAAACUAUAGCCGAAAUACAAAUAAGGAGAUCUUUCUAUAUCGACAUAUCAGUUGGCAAAAUAAUAGGGAAAUUCCUGCCGGUCAGAAUGUGGAGAAGAACCAAAACAGAAUGGUUCCGCUUACUCAAAACAAAGAGGGGGUGCCGUCUACUACUCCAAUCCGGGUUUUUGCAAGAGUUGCGUGAUUCUAUGCAAGAAGAAGACUUAGAAAGAACAAAGAAGUUUGGAUCCGCUAAAGUAUGCUUAGGCAGUUCCUUCGCUGAGCACAACAGAAUGAAGAAGAAUUUGUUUCAUUUCAAAUACUUUUUCUUAUUGAAGAGAAGGAAGGAGAAAAACCGAAAUCCUCCAACUCUUUCCAUAUGCGCUUUUGUUGACAAGUAUAAAGUAUAUUGUAAUUCGACCUAUUGCUCUGGAUCCCCUUUUACUAGGAAGAUAAGAAUCAAAAGGAUCGAACUACCUACUCAUUAUUCGGAGGUAAAUCAUAGAACACCAAAAGCUGUGGUAUCUUAUGGACCUAACUUAGGGAACAUCCCUCACGACAUAAGAUUGAAAGAUCCAAACCUUCCUCUUUAGAGCUGAUAAGUAAGAAAACGUGGCCAAAGCAUAUAAGCCCUCAUAGGGAAAUAUCCAUCCUGGGAGUAUAUCUCUCCUUAUAGAGAGGGUCUCCCUUUGGAUAGAAAUCAAUAUGUAAGACCGUCGCAGUCGACUAUAAGUAUCAGAUUGCUGGCCUGAGAGAAGGCAGUCUCUCUCGGGAAAACAUUGCCCAAUUUCUCUUCUUUCUUUUCACACA